AUGAUCAACUCUUAUUGUUACACCUUCCAAGAGACCUUCAACCAGCUCUCCUACUUUGGUCUUUUGGAGUCAGAAGAUGCGCAGUGCUUCCGUGUCGAUGCAUCUAUCGAAAGUGCUUCCUACAUUUUGCUCGGGGCUGCGCUUCUCCUGGCCUUGUUGAAUACCUUUGUCAUGAACGCUGUGAAGCAAUACUUCCGCGACCGUGAUGAGGUCAUCAGCACCUCGGAAAUCAAGGAAGAGGCUUUGCGUGAGCUUGAAGCGGUACGAAAGCCUGAGCAGCCUGCCUUGGAGUAUGAGGAUCCUACUGAAAUUGAUGGCGCCAAGGCUGAAGGAGAUGCGGCGUCGGAGUAUUGGGAUGGCCGCAAGGAUGCGGAAUCCUACAUCAAACCGGUGCCAGUGCUGUUUUCAGAUAAAUUUCGGUGGGUGUUGAGGCGUGCGACACCAAAGGAGGAGUUGAAUCAAGGACCGCCAUUGCCUUCUCCCCAGGAAAUGAUCAGCACGGUAAAGAGUGGAUCCACCGAGCACGCCUCCGAUGACGAAUCUCCAACAAAUAACCGUGCUCGACGGACUUCUGGAUCAGGAUCUUUUAUCCGGAAUGUGAAUGUGAACCUUGCCGACGAGGUGGAACGGAUGGAAGGAUCAAAUUCCGCAUCCACGUCUGUUGCAAAGGGACGCCGUCAUCGACUUCCAUCCGACGGAGACGAAACCGAAGUAUGA